AUGACGGCUCAACCACCUCGUAAGCUCAGCAAUUAUUCGCAGCCGUCCCCGGAAGAUUUUCCACACCUUGCCCUUGCACCAACUCUCGAGGGAGUACAAUUCGAGAUUAAACCCCAGUUUAUCACUAUGAUCGAAAGGAAGCAAUUUAGCGGAGCUAAGGGUGAAGAUCCAAAUCUUCACAUCUUGGACUUUUGCCAAUAUUACAACACCAUUAGACGAGCUGGGGUCACGCAGGACCAAAUCAGGGAGAUUCUUUUUCCCUUUUAUUUAUGUGGUAAAGAUAAAUUAUGGUACAAUGGACUGAAUAGAACUGCACUUGGUCAUUGGGCUCAAGAAUGCACUAGUUCGCUUGAGAAGAUUAAUGUUUUUCAAGCCUAUAAACAAACUAGUCCAUACUCUAACAUCUACAAUGCAGGGUUCAGAAAUAACCAAAAUAUGUCGUACAAUAGUAUGAAUGCGCCUAACCCCCCACCACAGGCACAACAACCACAGCAGAGGUACUAUCAACCUCCACAUCAAAUACCACAACAGACUAUUGCUCCUCCUUCUGAUUCUGGCUUAUCAGAAAUCAGAACGAUGUUAAUUGAUAUGCAGAAACAGAUGCAGAGUAGGGAUGCGCAAAUUGAUUCGAUUCUAACUCAUAAUAAAAUCAUGGACAAUCAAAUUGCGCAACUUUCCUCUGCUCUACAAACUCGCCAGCAGGGAGCCCUACCAUCGCAGCCAGUACAACCUAUAGAUCACGUGAAUGCAAUUACCCUGAGAAGUUGUUCAAAAUUCGAUGGGCCUUCUAUGCCCAAAGAUAAUGAACCUAUCAUUACAAAUAUUCCUAAUCCUGAUUCUGUUAUACCAAAUAUUGUUGUUACUAGCCCUGAUAUAACUCCAAAGAAGGAUAAAAAUCAAGACAAGAGUGGAGAUGUACAGAAACCAGUUAUCAAACUACUAUUUCCUAAUAGACAUCUUAAGAGUAAGCUAGAUAAGCAGUUCGGUAAGUUUCUGGAGGUUGUCAAGAAUUUGCAGGUAACGAUUCCUUUCACAGAAUCAAUUACUCAAGUUCCUGCAUAUUCUAAAUUUAUGAAAGAAAUCUUGACCAUAAAGAGAUCUAUUAGUGAGGUAGAGACAAUUGCUUUUACUGAAGAAUGUAGUGCUAUAUUACAGAAUAAAUCUCCACCUAAACUAAAAGAUCCGGGUAUUUUUUCUAUUCCUUGUCACAUUGGCAAUCUGAUGAUUGAUAAAGCUUUAUGUGAUUUGGGUGCUAGUGUAAGUGUUAUGCCAUUAUUUGUGACUAAAUUGAAUAUGAGUAAUUUAAAAGCUACCAAUAUUACUCUACAAAUGGCUGAUCGUUCUCUUAAAUAUCCUAUAGGUGUUUUAGAAGAUGUUCCUGUUAGAGUAGGGGUAAUUAUAGAUGGGAAGAGUGGUAAACUUAUAUUAUGUGUAGGGGAUGAAAAUAUUAUUUUUAAUCUACAUGAUGCCCCUAAAAGCCCCAUGUUGGAAGAAAAGUGCUAUAGUAUUGAUGUGGUUGAUGUUGGAAGAAAAGUGCUAUAG